GGUUAGAAAAUUACUUGUUAGAAGGCAUCCGAAUCAUUUGAACUACUUUUCCUUUGACACAUUAUUUGUCAAUAUUUUGACUAGAAAUGUAGAAAUUUUCUAUUUCAGAUGUUUACCUGAUGCAUUUUUCAAUUUUCAAAAAUAAACAUAUAUAAAUGAAAUACCGAUUAAAAAUAGCACAAAAUCAAUGUAGCUACACCUGAAAAUGAGUUUUUAAGUGAAUCUAACUUGUGAAUAGAACAUAUUUAUUUAAAAUAUUUGAACAAAAAUGGUUUGUAUCCAAGUUCAAAUAGGGCUCAAAAGCUUCUUUUUGUCAUUCGCGUUAGUAGCAAUUGUAGCUUUCGUACAAAUAUAUUAUAGUAUUAUACACUUUUGGAUAAAUGUUUUGAUGUUUUCUGCCGCCGGCGUUAUAGAUUUUGUAUUAGUAAAAGUGUUCUUCAGGAGAUAUUUUCCAUUUCAAAUUGCUGUUAGAGCUGCAUUCUUAGGCUAUGUAUUUGCCUUAGGGAUAUUUGUUAAAUUAGUUGUUCCAUCCCAUAUACAAAUAUUUGGGAGUUACAUUUGUGUGAUGUCAUUCUUCCAUUUUAGUGAAUUUAUAGCUAUAGGGCUAGUCCAACCUAAAUUUGUAUCUACUGACUCCUUUGUCUUAAAUCACAGCCCACAGUAUAUAGCUGCUGCAGUUUCUUCCUGGGUAGAAUUCUUCGUUGAGUACUACUUCUUUCCAGUUAUAGCAAUUUCAGGCAUGAAGCAAUUUUAUUGGGUAUCCAAUAUUGGAUUGGGUAUAUGUGUUCUUGGAGAGCUAUUGAGAAAGACUGCAAUGUUGACUGCUGGAUCAAAUUUUAAUCAUUUGGUCCAAUGUGAAAAAUUUAGUAAUCAUACUCUGGUCACGUAUGGAGUGUAUGGCUGGUUCCGACAUCCUAGUUAUGUAGGAUGGUUUUAUUGGUCUAUAGGCACUCAGAUUUUAUUAUUAAACCCUCUAUGUGUACCCGCAUAUGCUUUGGCCAGUUGGCUGUUCUUCAAGACUAGGAUAGAAAUAGAAGAAAUCACUCUGCUAAACUUCUUUGGCCAAAACUACUGUGAUUAUCAAGAGAAAGUCUGGACGGGAAUCCCCUUCAUCUACGGAUACAGGAUAUAGCCGACUAUUUUCUACAUCGACGUGGGCUUUUCUUGUUAAGGGGAGUAUAUCUACUCUUACAAGAUUAUAUAAAAAAAAUGAAUGUUCUUUAGUGUCAACAUAUGGGUAUAUUUCAAUCAUUUUCAUUCAGACUCUUAUCAAAGUGCCAUAAAGGUAGAUUUUAUGCCAACAACCCCAAUAUUUUUCACUCUACGUAAUUUUUUCCCUGAGUAAAUUUCUUGUCUCAUGAACUUUUUCCUCUUCUUUUUAUUUAUUUUUGACACUCUGUAUCAAAAAACUAUUUAACUGUUUAAGGUACUAGUACACUUUACACCAAAAAUAAGCAUUUUUUUCAAGAUUUUUUUCUCAGAACCUUUAUUAAAAAUGAACAUAAAACUUUUUACAUAUUAAUAUCUAACUCCUAGCGACUACAAAAAUUAUAUCUUUUUUCAUUUAUACACGUACACUAAUAUUGUAGUGGGCGCCAAAGUCAAGGCCUCGAAAAAAAGUAGUUCCGAUGGCGGACAGUUAAUCUCAGGAUUGGGAUCUCUGAAACGAAAAAAUCACACGGCAUUUAAAAAAGGAAGGUUUCUUACGUGACAAUUUAAAAGUUAAGGAAAAAUUCCGCAAAAAAAAAGAUUUUACGGAAACUUGAAAAAUUUUUGUGAAAAAAUCGCCCGUUUUUCUUCAGUUUUUCAUGGUUAAAAAAAGUGUUGUGACACUAUAUAAUAUGUAUUUUGCAAAGUAGAAUAGGGAAAUUGCUGUAUUUCUUUUAGCACUUAUAGUUUAUGAAAACAAUGACUUUUAACAUUUUUGUAAACAUGUGAACGAUGACCUUGGCCAUCGUGGCACAUUUAAUAUGCAUCUGUAGAUGUAAUGACACCGAUUUUUUGUCACAACUCGGUAUUCUAAAAAUGUCGUCUAUAAGACGUCGUGUCACAUUACACCAAUUGAAAUUAGACGUCUAUAGACGUUAUAUCCGCCAACGUGUUAAGAGAACUAUUCGGCAGCAAAUAUUUCUUGGGGAUUUUUUAUCCGGUAUUUGUUGUGGGGAUAUUUUGUCCAAAAAAAUUUGUGGGGAUUAUCUGUCCGGGGAUUAUUUGUGGGGAUUUUUUGUCUGGAGAUUUUCUGUUCAGGGGUAAUAUGUGGCGAUUUUUUGUCCGGGAUUAUUUGUCCUAGCUUCAACUGAAUAUGUACCCAUCAAGACCUCGUAAGUUUUUUGAUUAGGAACUCCCGCUUUGAUUUCUUGUAGAAGGUGACGCACUUUACAAUCUGUCAAACUGAUAGUGUUUUAUCUUCAUUGUCUAUUAGAUUCAAUACGUCUGUAUUUUUAGAAAUUAAUUUGAAACCAGUAAUUUUGUGUUCUAAAAUAAUAUAUUUUUGUACGUCUAUGUUAACUUAAUUUUUUAAUUAUUUUGUGAAACUAGUCUACAUUGUUAUUUUUAAAAUGUACUUCUUCAAUUUUA